CGUUUAUGAAUAAUGGAGACUAUGUGGGAAGAAGUUUUAGAAGCUAAACGUGCAAACAAGUGUGAAUUGACGUUAACUGGUCAGUCGGUAUCAAAUAAAAUUGAAACAAGUGGUUUACAAGUUUCUGUUUUUGAGUUAACUCAUUUAAAAUUUCUGGAGAUUAGUAAUACAUGCUUAGAUGUUCUUCCAGACAACAUUGGUCAACUGGUAAAUUUGAAUCAAUUAAGUUUAAGAAACAAUAAAUUGCAUACAAUUUCGAGUCACAUUGAAAAACUCUCCAAACUUAAAUUUCUAGAUUUAUCAGUAAAUCAGCUAGAAGCUAUUCCUGAUGUACUUCAUAAAUUAACAGCACUCCAAUCUCUUAACAUCAGCUUAAAUAAAGUGUCUUCUCUGCCUAAUCUGCGUGGGCUAUUCCAUUUGAUAUAUUUAAACUUUGCAAACAAUAAUUGUUCCCAUUUCCCAGAGAGCAUUUUGGAUGAGAACUUCACCCAACUAUCUGAAAUAAGGGCAAACAACAACAAGAUAUCCAGUAUUCCUGGGAAUAUAAAGAAGCUUCUGGCAUUGAAAAUUUUAGAUUUGAAUAAUAAUGCACUUGUGAGUGUACCAGGAGAGCUAGGAGAUUGUCCUAAAUUAAAAGACAUUUUUCUAGAAGGUAAUAAGUUAUCAGACAAACGUUUGCAAAAGUUAGUAGAACAGUGCCGACAAAAACAAAUUCUUGAUUAUGUACGCAGUCAUUGUCCCAAAACAGUAUCAGUGGACAAUAAAAACACUGGGCAAGGAAAAGGAAAACCUGGAAAAAAAGGAAACAAAAAAAUGGAGAAUAGUAAGAUUGAUGAAAUCUUGGACAAACUGAAGAUACUUCAUGCAGGUGACUCAACCUUCUCUGUGAUUGUUACUACUGCUGUACGAGAUGUACGACCAUACAUCAUUGCUUGCAUUGUUCGUCAAGUGAACUUCCAGGGUGGAGAAAAAUUCAAGAAAUUUAUUGCAAUGCAGACUCGACUUCAUGAUACAAUUUGUGGGAAAAGAAAUCUUGGAACUAUUGCAACCCAUGACUUAAACAGAAUUAAUGGUAACGUCACUUAUGAUGCCCGACCUCCAGCUAGAAUCAAGCUUGUUCCUUUGGGAAGAAAAAGUGAGGUAACUGCUGAAGAACUGUAUGUUCAACUUAAUAAUGAAGCUGAAACCUUGAGAAAGGAGAAGAAAAAAAAUGUCUAUUCCGGAAUACACAAAUAUCUGUAUCUUCUCAAGGACAAAUCACACUAUCCCUGCUUGGUUGAUGAAUCUAGUCAAGUGAUCUCUUUUCCACCAAUCACCAACAGCAGUGGAACAAAGGUCACAGAAGAUACAACAGACAUAUUUUUAGAAGUUACAGGAUGUUCUUUGUCAACUUGUAAAGAAAUCAUGGAUGCUUUGCUACAGAACAUGCUACAGCUUGGAUUAGGAGAGCCAGGAAGUCAAGAUACCAGUGAGGAAUCUACAUGCAAACAGGAAGGAGGAGAAACACAUGAUGACAAUGGCACUGAAAAAGAUAAGUCUCCAAAGAAAGGCCUUCAGCUAAUAGUGGAACAGGUGAAAGUGGUUGAUGAAGAGGGCAAGCUACGUGUUGUCUACCCUUCCCGUACUGACCUUCAGCUCGAUGGAAUCACUGUUCUGAGAGAAUGAGAAAAGUUUUUUUGUUAUUAUUUCUUUAUUGUUGUUUUUCAAGUUGAGAAAUUUAAUCUGUUAAUUUUUUUUUAUUUUGUAAAUUUUGUCUUCAGUGAAAACAGUAAUUACAUGUAAUUAAAUUUGUUGAUAAGAGAGGCUACUUACUCUUGUCCACUAGGGAGUCUUUUCAUCUACCCAAGAGCAGGUUAAGUGCUUCAUCAUAACCUUAGAAGCUACAGAAAAGUGUGAGCUAAUAAAAAAAAAACUAAAUGUACUCUUCUUGAUUACAUAAAAAUUUGUUUAUGAGUUAAAGUUAUUUUGUUUGUUUUUGCAAAGAAAUUUCUUAAGCUCAAAGGGUUAUUCCAGUACAUCCUGCUAUCUCUUAUUUUUAUGGAACCAUUUUUAGCUUCUUUUUUUUUUGCCUCUUAUUAUCCUUGUCUUGUCACUGUACUUUCCAAUUCAAGUUCUUAUUGUGAUAUGAUUGGUCACCCAGCAUAAAGUUGCCCCUUUUGUUGGGGGGGGGGGGAGUUUUUAAAUUGGCUUAAAAU